GGAGACGUUCUUCGCUGCUGGAUCUUCGUCUUAAAUCAUCGGCUGCAGUUUCUGAUUUUCUCUGAGCGUUUUCAGCCGUCAGUGAUGAAUAUCAACAUCCUGGGGACCAAAGUCCAUGUGGUCCUGGUGUUUGUUGGGGCUCUGUGUGUCCUGCUGCUGUUUGGGUGCAUUGGGGUAAUCUCUUGGGGCAGCAGGAAAAUGAACCAACAGGAUGAAGCGACUAAUAAACACUCAGAAGAGACGGCUGAUUUAAAGAAUCUGACUGAACAUCUGAAGACUGAAAAUGUAAAAUUACAGAAAGAAACUGAGAAACUCAGCAGGCAAAUUGAGAAUCUAGAUGAUAAAUCCCAUAAAGAAACUGAGAAACUGAACCAGACAAUCCAGUUAAUCCAGAAAUUCAAGGCCUUCCUGUUCAAUGAACUCUGCAACGGCCCAGAGUGUCUGCUGUGUCAGACAGGUUGGAUCUUCUUCAGUGAAUCAUGUUACUUUAUCAGUAAUGAUUAUUUGACCUGGAAUGAAAGUCGUUUCUUCUGUCAGUUAAAAUCUGCUGAUCUGAUUGUUAUUAAUAAUCAGCAGGAACAGGAAUUCAUUUAUUACAAAUUAAACACAAACAAAUACUACUGGUUGGGGCUACGGAAAGUUGGGAGCAACUGGGUUUGGGUUGACGGUCGUAUCGACACACUUGGGUUCUGGAGCUCGUCUUACCAGUACUCUCCUUAUUCAAAUGCAUAUGCAUUCAUGUAUCGAACUGGGAGUCCCACAGCGAGCUGGGGCUCAGGAUCAAACACAUACUCACGCCGCCCCCUCUGUGAGCAGAAAGCCUUGAAAUUGUCUCUUAAUUAACUCUGUUGCUGUUUCCUCCUUUUUCUGCUGCAGUUUUUCCAGAUCAACAGAUUUGAGACAAAUCAGAUUUUUCUGUUUCAUCUUUACCAUGAAUAUCUUUAGUCUUUACUUCUGUUGCCUUUUACUGUUUAUUCAGUACAGAUUAUGUUUUUCACCUCUAUAAAUAUAUUUACUUUAGCAAAAAAAUCUCCAAGAACUCAAAAUGACUAAAAUGAUUAAUUUCACUCAUUAUAAUCUGAUCUAAGUUUUGAUAUUUUUCCAUAUUGUAAAUAUGCUUCAUUAGAGUGUGAUUAUUUUUUUGAAUUUAUUUACUGAUACUGGAAAUUAAUAUUUAUUAAAGACACUAUUGAAGUCUGUGUGGUCAAAAAUCCUCCCCCUCAAAGAUUGGCUGUUCUUUACUAUAAUCAUGUUUGAUUCAGUCAAUAUCAAUAUAUUUUAUUAAUUUACUAAAACAAUUAAUCAAAGUGUCAUUAAAGGUGCAGAAACCCACCAGAUGAAGGAUUUAAUAAAAUUUUCAGAAAAUUAAAACAGAUUAUAUUUUAUUCAUUGACACAUUAAAUGAAAAUGAUUGAAACAUUUUUUUAUCCUACAAGUGAAUUCCUUCAAUGAAAGUUUGAUUUUUAUAGAUUUUUAUCUCGACUUGAUUUUAGUUACAGUUAGAAACAUUGUUUUUAUGUUUGGGUUUUGUAAAAAGUGUAAACUUUGUUUUAUUCUUAAACAACAAUAUAAUCUUUGGCCUGGAUUGCAAAAUCAAAACCAAAAAUGGUAAUGGCAAAAUUAUGCA